AGAAAGGUAGUGCAACUGAGUACAGCUGGUGUGAGUCAAUGAAAGGAUUUAAUGAAUAUGACUUCAAUACCUAAAAGAAGAUGUAUUUUAGUUAAGCUAGUUCUGGAAAAAUCUCACUGAGGAAGAGUGGGGAAAAUAGAGUGCUUGAUUAAGUGCUUGUCUUCAGAAAAUGACUAAAGCUCAGAAAACUGAAGAAAUUGAUACCUCCUCUUCACCCUAUACUAUACCAGUGGAUGAGGAGGUGAAGGUUUACCAUUUGCACCCACCUUUCAGUUCAUCUCGAAUCUCCAGAGAUGACUCUUACCAAACAGUAUCUUUAGGUGAUGCAACAAACAAGAAGUUUGUCAGUUAUGAGACCAAUUUGGGGCGCUCUCAAGGAAUGGCAACUUGCCCUUCUUGCAAGCAACAAGUCUUGACCAAUGUCACCUACAAAAUCGGUGUCUUUGCAUGGCUGAUGUGCCUUGUUUUCAUUUUAUGCGGGCUAGUGGUUGGCUGUUGCUUGAUUCCCUUCUUUGUCAAGCACUUCAAAGAUGUCUAUCACUCCUGCCCAAGAUGCUAUCAGAUUCUCCAUGUUGAAAAGAAAUCCUGUUUCUAAUCCAGAUUGACUGUAUGAUAAUCAGAACUUCUGAAAUGUCUUGCCUCUAACCUGCUGCUGAAGUAAUUUUAUCUGUUGCUUAUUGACUUAAAAUUUAGUACAAACCCAUUUCUGAUGCUAAUCAGUCUUUCCCUAAAAGAAAGGCUGUUUCCCAUAAACUGAAAUUAGAAGAGGUAUUUGUGUUGUAUGAAUUUAUAAAACUGCCACAAUGUUUUUAGAUGUAUACACAUUAUUAAAGAUUUAACUUUGUGAUUUGCUUGGAAUUAAACUACAUUGAGUACUUAUCAA